AUGGAGAUUGGUUGGGUGAAACGCGCGGCCAUAUGGACAUUUGCUGGACUAGGACUCGCGCUGGCCGUAAUCUCCUGCUGCGAGAUGGCCGAUAACUAUCUCGUCCUUUCCCACCCUGACGCGUGCAUCGCUUCAUCCAACCGAACGCACUGCGCGACAGAGUUCCGCGUGGCGCGGAGAACACUAGGCGUCGUGCCGCAGACGCCGGAGCAAGUGACCACGGCUAUGAUCGCAGCGGUGCAAGCGCAAGUCGCUGCGCUAAUUGAGGCCGCCGAAGAGAUUAAGUCGAACAACGUGGAGGAAGAUCAUUUUACGAAUGCCAUGGCGAGGAGCUGCGCGCGACAAGCCACCAUCGCGCUGCGCUACCUGGGGCAGGCGGGGGAUGCGGUCGAGGCGGGCACGAAUCAGCGCGACGUGCCGUACUGGUUGGCGGCCGCCGACACGCAGAUCGACAACUGUGUUGACGGUUUCCAAACUUUCUCACCCGCGGCGCAAGGCUUCCCCGCCUACGUACACCUUGAGUAUACGGCUAAGAGGGCAGGAAACACUCUUGAAGCACUCGUGUCCAUCACCAGCGCCGCCGCCAAAGCCGCCGCAUCAGCCGAUACUAGCGUCGUAUCAACAGAGGAGGAUGUGGCGCCCGUGCGCGGACGCCGCAUGGCCGUCCGAUCCAGCAGCACGAGUUCCGCGGGGAGCGGCGCGAUGGAUUGGCUUGAGCCGGGAUUGUACCAGCAACUUCAGGAGCUUCAGACGAGGCUGAACGCCGGAUUUGCCGCUGCAGCCGGGGAGGAUUCGGAGGGCGAUAAGACGAUUAUCACGGGCGACGCGAGUUACGGCAGCGGGUCGGGGACGUUCGAGUCGGCCACAGUCGGCGUAGAUAGUGACAGGUUCGUCGCCUUCGGAAUCAAGUUCGAAAACACGGCAGGCCCCGAUAAUCACCAGGCAGUCGCUUUCCGCGCCACGGGCGACCAAUCAGCUCUCUUCGACUGCGCGUUCGACGGAUCGCAAGAUACAUUGUACGUGGACGCGGGUCGCCAGUACUACAAAAACUGCUACAUCGGCGGCUCGCAGGAUUUCAUUUUCGGCGACGCGGCCGUGGUUAUCGACGCGCCGAAAAUCCAGCUUCACCCGAGCCCCUCUUUCGGGACUCUGACGGCGUCGGGCCGCGCCAAGGAUACCCCGACGGGGAUUGUGAUUCGCGACGCUGUUGUCUCGGCGGACAGCGGCACGACCAAGGUGUAUCUGGGCCGUCCGUGGAAGAAAUGCGCUUUCACUGUUUUCAUCAACGCCGAUCUCCCCGCGGUGAUCGAGAAGGACGGGUGGCUGUCGUGGAACGAGGGCAGCUGCAUGUUUCUGGCGGAGGCGGGCAGCAAGGGGCCGGGCGCGGCGUCUUCCCGCGCGGACUGGGUUGACCCUGGGAUUAUCACGGACACCACAGGAUACGAUGCCAACACCUUCACGCAAGUCAACAACUGGCUCAGCUGGUCGGGCUAG